GGAUAUCCACGUACAUUCACGUACAUACACGUACAUACAUACAUCCAUACCAGACCACUCCUUCCCCGUCCACCCCGUCCCCCCGCAAUUGCGCUUAGUCCACCUCGCAACUAAGUAGCUACUGCCUUACCCUUGUGCCUGAGCCUGAGCUUAAGCUUGAGAGCCUGACCCUGAUAUGAAGCACACGGUUACCAACGGUGCCAGUCAAUACCAAUUUACUUCCGUUUCAACAACAGAAACAACAAUUGUCACUUGAACAACAACCACAAGUAGUACUAUGAGUAAGACAAUGACUACAGUUGCGCUUCCCAGGCCAAUUUCACCGCAUCGCUCUUCUUCUGGUAUCGUCACUUUAUCUUCUCCGAUAGCUCUCGAAACGAUCAAUACCCAACAAGUAUCCAGCGCCGCGCCCGCGCCCAUUCCAAACAAACAUAUUCCAGUUUGCCCUACCGGUCCGGCACACCCACACGUCCGUGAACCAAAUACCCCUCCACCUUCUCCAGGUCGUGAGGAUGAACGUCGACACCGAUCGUCCCUCCUCUACCCCCCAGAUAAGUUUGAGCAUCUGGAGGCGGGGUCGCUCGCUUUAUAUAAGAUCCAUCCUGGAGACGUGGCAGCCUCCUUAGACCAUCUUUCUAAACAACCUCUACCAGAACCAUCACAAGUAUUUCCCUGGUUCCACGGAUUGCAUCCUUGUAACCAGAUCCAGCAGACCUUUUUCUCGACAAGGAGCAAACCUAUGCGGCAGAUACCUAGCUGUUUACGUGGUAUCACAGUUGUUAAAGCCGACGGUGAUCUCUCGACAGCACGGUUGAAAGGAGCUAUUGCCCCUAAUGAAUUCAUGAAUCCUUGUGCUGAUGGCGAAUUUAUCGAGGUUGAUCCAAAACAGGGAUUCUCCGUCCGGAAUUUUCAGAUUCAGGCCGCUAAAACCGCCAUAACCUCCGAUAUUAUCGUAUAUGGAGAGGACGCGGGGUUGGUCCGCAAAUUGGGAUGGGAAAUCGCGUCGGCACAAUCUAAGUGGCGUAGGAAACACGAAUCCCUUCCGAAAUACAAUACUUUCAUAUGUAUUAGUCCAUUUAGGGACUUUGAGAAAAAGCAUAGCGAAAUUGUCUCAGUCGAUUCAGAGGGUCGCCUGACGGGUGCCGUGGUGGACUUUUUCCACCAGGAACGGUUAGAAAUGUAUGCAAUGACGAAAGCCACCGAGGUAUCACAUAAUGUGUGGAUGGGACCAACUCCUGAACCAGAGGGCGAAGAGCAGCAGCAGUUCGAUAUUCUCAUCGAGUGUAGCGACCUCGGUCGACUGAAUCCAGCCGCGCUACAAGCAAUUGCUGAAGGUCCCAACGACGACGCGAGGCACGCUUACCUCGACUUCCCCUCAUCUGGGAGCAUUCUCCCACCAACGUGGUCCCACGCCGAGGCCGAUGGCAUCCUGGAAACCUGCAAAUGGCUUUGGCAUCUUUCGCACGGAACUUUGCCCUCGCGAUCGGAUACUGAUGUAGACGGCGAUUCUAAUAUGUCUGAUGCAUCCGAAGCAACAGAAGUCGAGACGAACCGGCCGCGGAAGAUUCUAAUACAUUGUGCUGACGGGUAUACCGAGUCGACUAUGUUAGGUAUUGCAUAUUUCAGCUAUAGUACUGGUCGACCGGUUCCUCAAGCCUGGCUUGAGCUGCAUACGAUGAUGAAACGAAAUUUCUUUGCUUACCCAACCGACGUAUCUUUAUUAACCUCAAUCGCGCCUCGUCUACUCCAUGAAUCACCCGUCUGUGCGGAUAAAAGCCUCCUGGAAAUCACGAAUCUCGUGAAACACGAGCCUAAGUGGAUCGCUUCUCUCGACGGUUCAUUCCCGAGCCGAAUUCUCGACUACAUGUACCUGGGUAAUUUGGGUCAUGCUAAUAACCCGGAUUUGCUGAAAGCGAUGGGAAUCAAACAGAUCCUCAGCGUGGGAGAGACAGCCAUGUGGCGGGACGGUGAGCUGGAAGAAUGGGGGGAGGAUAACGUGCUUGUGGUUGAAAAAGUUCAGGAUAACGGUAUCGAUCCGUUGACCAAGGAAUUCGAGAAGUGUUUAGAAUUCAUCGGUGUGUAUACCCACCCGUUUAGCCAUCAUCUGGUCCUAGCGCACGAAGUCGUGAGCCAGGACCUUCCCGAAUAGGAACCUCA